AUGGCUUCACCUCUUAGAAUUGGCUACGUGCCGGAGCACUUCUCCACGCCCCUCUAUUUUGCCAAGCAGCACUUCGGCCUCGAUGCCACCUUGGUUCCCUUCCCCUCCGGAACGGGACACAUGAUUACGGCCAUUCGCGGCGGCGAAAUCGACGUUGGUAUUGGGCUGACAGAAGGCUGGAUCGCCGGCCUCGGCAAGGAAGACGCCCCCGGGGAUGGCGGCUACCGUCUCGUCGGCACCUACGUUGACACGCCCCUCUGCUGGGCCAUCUCAACCGGUGCCAAGCGCCCCGAAAUCACCUCAGUAGACUCCCUCAAGGGUGGCAAAAUCGGCGUCUCCCGCAUCGGCUCCGGCAGCCAGAUCAUGGGCUUCGUCCUCGCCGACCAGCACGGCUGGCUCACCCCGUCCACCCCGGCACCGUUCUCUGACACUGUGAUUCUCAACAACUUUGAGAACCUCCGCAACGCCGUUAACUCGGGCGCUGCUGACUUCUUCAUGUGGGAGCACUUCACCUCCAAGCGCUACUACGACUCGGGUGAGAUCCGCCGUGUAGGCGAGAUCUACACGCCCUGGAGCAGCUGGAAGAUUGUCGCGUCCACGGCGUUGGCCAAGGACGGUCAGAAGCUCGACGCCAGGAUCAAGGAUCUGUUUGAGAAGCUUGACAAGGGCGUGAAGCACUUCAAUGAGAACAAGGAUGAGGCUGUCAAGUAUAUUAGCACCCAUCUGGAUUACUCUGAGGCGGAUGCCAGGGAGUGGCUGAAGACGGUCAAAUUUACGGAUGGCGUGGAGGGUGUCAAGCCCGAGGUUGUGAACAACACAGUCGAUAUUUUGAGGAAGGCUGGAGUUUUGGUGGAGGGUAAGGGGAGACAGCCCGAAGCCAUGGUAGCCAGGGACUGA